CUCAGAGACGGCAGUUAAUGGAGUCAAGCGGUUACGCCAAUGCGAUAAUAUUAGUGACAAACGAGGCCGUAGCCGAUGCAAAGAGGAUUUUUACCUGAAAUAUUGCAGCGGUCGCAGAUAGAUGCUGUCUACAUUGCCAUGACGGCGAAGGAGUAGUUUUAUGUUAGAUAAUUGGCUCGUUUGCAGCUGACGCGCAGUAUCAACACAAAGGCCUAUGUAGCUAGUUAGCGUUAGUUUUUCAGCUAGCUAGCAAGUGCUGUAACGCCAGCCUCAGCUGCAGCAAAUUACCAGGCGUGCCAUUUUAAUGUUUUAACUGUAACACAGUUUGUCUGCUCUACUAACAAGACACCAUUGAGUAUUUUUUCCCUUGUUUUCUUCAAAAAUGGCGGAACAGGGUGCAGUGGUCAUGCAGCAGAAUUUGGACAGGAGCUGCUGGGUAUGCUUCGCCACAGAUGAGGACGACCGCACGGCAGAGUGGGUGCGUCCAUGUCGUUGCCGUGGCUCCACCAAGUGGGUUCACCAGGCCUGCCUGCAGCGCUGGGUGGACGAGAAGCAGCGGGGCAACAGCACAGCACGCGUGGCCUGCCCACAGUGCAAUGCAGAAUACCUCAUCGUCUUUCCCAAACUGGGUCCUGUGGUUUACGUGCUGGACCUGGCUGACCGGCUCAUCUCUAAGGCCGGACCAUUCGCUGCAGCUGGCAUCAUGGUGGGCUCCAUCUACUGGACUGCUGUCACCUACGGAGCUGUCACUGUCAUGCAGGUGGUGGGCCAUAAGGAGGGCCUGGACGUUAUGGAGCGGGCCGACCCUCUGUUCCUGCUCAUUGGCCUGCCCACCAUCCCUGUCAUGCUGAUCCUCGGCAAGAUGAUCCGCUGGGAGGACUACGUCCUGCGUCUGUGGAGAAAGUACUCUAACAAACUGCAGAUCCUCAACAGCAUCUUCCCAGGGAUUGGCUGCCCAGUUCCUCGUAUCCCAGCAGAGGCCAGCCCCCUGGCAGACAACGUGUCGGCCACACGGAUUCUCUGUGGCGCUCUGGUGUUCCCCACCAUCGCCACCAUUGUGGGGAAACUCAUGUUCAGCAGCGUCAACUCCAACCUGCAGAGGACCAUCCUGGGAGGCAUCGCCUUUGUGGCCAUCAAGGGGGCGUUUAAGGUGUACUUCAAACAGCAGCAGUACCUGAGGCAAGCCCACCGCAAGAUCCUCAACUUCCCCGAACAGGAGGAAGCCUGAGGAGGCCCCUCAGUCCAGAUGGAUGACAGCCGGACACACCGCACACUUCUGCCAGAGGGGGUGAGGACAUACGAACUGUCAGACUGAGAGCAGGAAGUGCUGGUGAAACAGACUUAGGAUCAGUGUCACCCUUACCACCUACUCCUCCUUAGACCUCACCCCUUCUGGAGUGAUUCAUCGCACCGUCGCUGACAUUCAUGCAAGGAUCCUCCACCGCCGCCACCACCACACAUUGUUUUUAAACCUCUGACGCUUCAGUAAGGUGAAGACGGAUGAGACUUGUGGAUACAGACUGGAGCAUGUUCUCAGUCAGGGUGCAGUUACACACAUUAACACACAGAUCAAGGACUGUGCGACUGUAGGGUGGAUGUGCUUUAUCAAUCACGUAACUAAUACUUAUUGUAAACUUACUGUAUUUUAAAGAUUAAAAAAUGCGGGGCAUGUGUAAUUAGAAAGUUUUAUAAUAUAAUAAUAAAUGACUGUUUUAUAAUGUUUAUUUUGCAGAUUUGAACCCCCUUUGCCAAUGUUAGGGGUUUAUUUUGUGUGAGAAAUUUUGGUCACUGUGCAGAUGUAUUAAUGAUAAAACAAUAAAAUGUGUUGUGAAUCAAUAUGCAGUACGUUAACUACAACCAGGAAACAUUAAGAGAAAAAUGUCACUCUAAGGAGGACCUAACACACUGACCAUAUAUAGAAACUUUUAGACCCUGAGUUAUUUGGGGAGUGUUUAAUUUUUUCAUUAACAUGCCUUGGCAGUGUUUACGCUGAUUGUUUGUCGCUUUAGCUCCAUUUCACAAAAUGCUCGUAUGUGAUGUGUUUCAAAGCCUCAUCACCCGGCACAGCACCCCAGGUUUGGUCGAUCCUGUUGCCAUGACAUUGGAUGGAUAUUAUGGAUGCUCAUGGUUCUCUCUGAGCUUGUCACAGUGACGGGAUGUCGGACUGGAAAGCAUCUGAAAGCUUCAGGCGACUCGUGACGUUUGACGCAGCACUUUUUACUUGGAGAAAUGAAACUUUGCUGACUGACAAUACAGUGUGGACUUUUAUUUAAGCUGCCACUUUUUUUUUUUUCCUCCCCCCAACAUGUGAUGAUCAGUCUGUUGUGUGUGUCUGUUGCCCGAGUGUGAACUGUAGCUCAGGUCAGACUGCGGUUCGGGGGUAAUUACCAUGCAGACAUAAAUGAAACUUGGACACUGGUAAUUGAAAAUGAGUCACUGGGGUGGUUGACAUUUUGGCAGGACUCUUGGGAAAAUUAAAGGGCCACUACAACCAAAAGACAAGUCAUAUUUUCUCACUUACUACAAGCAGUAUCCAACAAUGCAGAUGGUUUUGGAUCUAUUUGCCCAGGGUUUUUUCAUCCCUGCUUACACCUCAGUUGCUUUUACAUAUAUAAAAAUGUUUAUUUGUAAUUUGGAACAUUUGGCAGAAAAUAAAUGUUUCGCAGCAAGAUCUUUGGUACCUCCACCCAGAAAUGGGGACCAUUUUUCAAAAGACCCAUUUCUGUUAUUAAAUGCUGCUCCUACAAAAUAAGAGUGCAUUGGGGUUGCAAUGGAAAUCUGAAAGCCUGGGCAAAUUAAGUUCUGUUCUGCUAGUGAGCAUAACACUACGUUAUAGUAAAUUAUUUUGAAACACUGGGAGCAUGAUGUGAUCAACAGUUUCAUUUUAUAUGGCACUAAGUUGAGAACUAAGCCCUAAGUUGCUAUUUCCUGCUCCUCACAAGAGCCAGGAAACAUCAGUAUGACGGUGAAACGGCGUGACGUACAGCCGACUACUUGGAAUAUUUAACCUGCACAUAUAAACUGUGCCUGCUUUACACGUGUCCUCCCUACAACCCGCACACCACAGCUUCCCCACCCGGUACAUUCACUGUCAAGUCUCCACUCUGCCAAAAGAGAUGUAUGAAGUCUGUGUUGUACGGAUGUUGACUUUAGAGUUCUAUGGUAUCAGUUCUGUGAAUAAAUGUAUUUUUCCAA